AUGGGACAAAAGCGAGCUGAAGAAAAACAGACUCAGCAUGUAGAAAAACUUAACAUACGACGUCAUGGGCGGGCCUUCAAAGAAGAGGCAGCAAAUAACCGAAACGCAGCCGCUUGUGGAAUACUCGUGUGUAUCUACAUUUGUGGUUCGUUACUUGUGAUGGCGGGUAUUGCUGUUACAUGUGUUGGUGUACUACUGCCAGAAUUCCGUGACAACAAGACUCCAUGGAUAGUAACCGGCCCGACCCUCAUCAUCGUAGGUGUCUUGGUGUUACUACUGUCUAUUGAAAUCAUCGUUAAACUCCGAAGGGUGGCACCUUCUGACGACUCAGACUCUGAAGACGAGGCUCCUAGAAAAUCCAAGCUAAACGGAUGGAGUCAACAAGAUGUUUGUAAACAAACCACCAAUCAGGGUGCGCUUGCAGCGGAAUCCGAAAUCCCUGACCAAUUAAAGCAAUCAACUAUUACAGUAGAACCAACAAAUCCCGUUGUUCUUGAUCCUUCCUCUUUAUCAAACUAAAGUUCCUUGUAAAACUCAAAUUUAAUCAAUUGGCC